AUGGAGACGAAGAAAUCGCAGGGAAUCCUGGCUGAUGGGCGAGAGGUCGCAGUGAAGAGGCUGACGAGAGUCUCUGUCGAGGGGCAAAGCGAGUUCACCAACGAGGUCAAGUCCCUGGCAAGACUCAGGCACAGGAAUCUCGUCCAGCUCCUGGGUUGCUGCAUUGCCGGAGAAGAGAAGAUGCUCAUCUACGAGUACAUGAAGAACAAGAGCCUGGAUGCCUUCAUUUUCGGUAACUAUUGACGAUCUGAAGCUCUCCAAGAUCCAAGAUUUCCGUACUUCGAAUGGCCCAUGGAUACCUGUGAUUUAUUUACCUCAGAGAGCUUGGCAUUUCUCUGGGGGUUCCAUCAAAUUUCUAAUCGAACGAAUUGAAAACAUGAUGAACUUAGAUGAACAGAAACGCGCUGUUCUGGGAUGGAGAACUCGCCUGGACAUCGUGAUGGGCAUCGCUCGUGGACUCCAGUACCUCCACCAUGACUCGGGGUCGAGAAUCAUACACAGGGAUCUCAAGGCCUGGAACGUCCUCCUCGAUGAAGCAAUGACCCCCAAGAUAUCGGACUUUGGGACUGCAAGGAUCUUCGGUGCAGAUCAGAUGCUGGACAAGACUAGGAAGAUCAUCGGUACAUAGUAAGUUCUUCAUCGAUCAUGCUUAUAAAGAAUCACAUUCUUGUCUUGAUCUAUACAUUUUUGUUAGAAAGGCAGAAAAUCCAUGGGCAGUAUCAAAAGUUUUGACUGCAUUGUUUCUGGGUUUGGUGGCCAUUGAACAGCGGAUACAUGUCUCCAGAAUAUGCGAUCGAUGGGGUCAUCUCAAUGAAGUCGGAUGUCUUCAGUUUUGGGGUUCUUGUGCUGGAGAUCAUAUGCGGAGUCAGGAAUCGUGGUCAAUACAUUACUGAGCCACAUGAAAGUCUACUAUCAAAGGUAGAAAGAAAGCACAAAUAAUAUCUAGUUCUUUAGUCAUUUUUUAUUUUACUCUGUUCUUUAAAGUCGUCUAGGAUUGACCAACGCUGUAGUCAGACAAAAUGCGCUGACUUUCAACGUCAACCUACAGAAAAGGUCAUGCUUUAUCACAUUACUGUUUCAGGCAUGGGGGCUAUGGAAGGAGGGCAAAUGUGCAGAAUUACUUGAUGAUGCACCAAGCGGUACUUGCCCAGUAUCUGAAGUACUGAGAUGCAUACAUGUUGCGUUGUUGUGUGUGCAAGAACGAGCUGUGGUUAGGCCCACCAUGGCCACCGUGGCCAUGAUGUUGUCCAGUGAAACAUUUCCACUCCCAGAACCCAGGAGGCCGGGCUUUGUUGUGUUCAGGAGUCCCAAGCACGCAACUGUCUCUACAGCAGUUGAGCUCCUACAGUACACUGGGAAUGGAGUGACAAACACAGUGAUGGAGGGCAGAUAG